AUGAGAUGUUGUGCCCACAUCUUAAGUCUUGUUAUCAAAGAAGGUUUCAAUGAUGUAGACACAAGUAUUGCCCGGAUUAGAUCAACUAUGAAAUAUGUGAGGUCUUCUCCAGCUAGGCUUCAACGCUUUAAGGGAUGUGUUGAGAAAAUGAAAAUUAAGAGUAAAAGCCUUGUUUCUCUUGAUGUUGAAACAAGGUGGAAUUCAACAUACUUGAUGCUAGAAAGUGCCAUCAAGUUUCAAGAUGCUUUUGAUUUAUUGGAGGAGCAAGAUAGUAAGUACAGGUCCGAGCUUUUAUCAUUGAAGGGUUUGCCCAAUGAAGAAGAUUGGGAGCAUGUUAGGUAAGUGAAAGACUUGCCUCAAGCUAUAUCCGCCCUUACUGUGGAUGAUUAA